CGGAAAUCAAACAACCGAAGGUGCCUCCGGCCCGGCCAUGUUCACGUGACUGUCCGUCCAUCAGAUUGGUGACACACCACGCUGACAUUUCGGGAGGAUCAGCUUCCCCCUUCGGACAAAACCACCACCACCAUGGCACCCGGUGCAGAGCCCGACGAACGCGCGCCGCUGCUCUCACCAGAGACGAACGGGGCCGCUCCCGAAUACGGGAGCACGCCCGCGCCCGACCCCGCGGCAACCUCCGACGCGGAAGGCGGCGAUGCGACGGCGGCGAAAGUGCCGCGGAAUCUCUUGGCGGUGCUCGUCCCGAUGGGACUUGGGAUAUUCUUCGCGUCGAUGGACCAGACGAUUGUCGUUUCCUCGUACGCGGCAAUCGGGAGCGAGCUGCAGCAGCUGCAGUACACGAGUUGGAUAUCGACGGCGUAUAUGAUGACGUUGACGAGCUUCCAGCCGCUUUACGGGAAGCUCAGCGAUAUCUUCGGCCGAAAAUCAUGCCUGCUCUUCGCGUAUACGAUUUUCGCGCUCGGGUGCUUCUGCUGUAGCAUCUCGCAGACGAUGCUGCAGCUCAUCCUUGCGCGUGGGCUCACCGGCAUCGGUGGUGGGGGGAUGAGCACCGUGGUGAGCAUCAUCAUGUCGGAUAUGGUGCCUCUGCGGGAGCGCGGGACGUGGCAAGGCAUCAUGAAUAUUAUAUACGCCUCAGGAAGCGCGAUUGGCGCGCCGCUCGGUGGGUUCCUUGUCGAUUCGAUCGGCUGGCGGUGGGGGUUCUUUAUGCAAGUUCCCGCGCUGGUUCUGGCGUUCAUCAGCGUCUCGUUUGCACUGCAUCUGCCGGAAAGCGACACGUCCGACCUCAAGUCCAAGCUCAAGCGGGUCGACUUCCCCGGCGCCUUCGCGCUCGUGCUGACCGUCUUCUUCCUGCUCUUCGGGCUCGACCGCGGCGGCAACAUCGCGUGGCACGACCCGACGACGAUCGCGUCGCUCUCGGUGUUCGCCGUGCUCUUCGUGCUGUUCCUGGUGAUCGAGUUCCGGUGGGCGAAGGAGCCGUUCGCGCCGAAGCGCAUCGUCGCGCACCCCGCGCUCGCGGGCGCGUACCUCGUCAACUUCUUCGCGCUCAUGGCCGGGUUCAACAUGAUCUUCCACAUGUCGUUCUUCUACCAGGCCGUGCUCCGCAAGACGCCCAGCGAGGUCGGCUUCUGGCUCGUCCCGGGCGUCUUCGCGGGUGUGUUCGGGAGUCUGGCGGGCGGGCUGAUCAUCCAGGUGACGGGCAGGUACUACUGGGCCACGGUGGCUGCAUAUGUUGGGUUCCUCGUGGCGAUCUUCGCUCUCACGCUGCAGACAGGUGUCGUUAUCCUGUCCGGUGUGGGCGUCGUGAUCGCGGGAACCUUUGCCUCGAUCGGGAACGGUCUGGGAAUAACAACGACGCUCAUUGCCCUCAUCUCAAACGCCGGGCCUGCAGAUCAGGCCAUGGCCACUGCCGGCUCGUAUCUCUUCCGCUCGCUGGGCUCCGUCAUCGGUCUCUCCGUAGCUAGCACCCUCCUCCAAAACUCCCUCCGCAGUACGCUGCACAAAACCCUGCCCGCCGGGAUAGACAUUGAGGAGAUCAUCCGCCGUGUGCGCGAAUCGCUGGCGUACAUCGACGAGCUCGAGCCGGCGACUGCCGCGGUCGUGCGCAUGGCGUACGAGCGCGGGCUGCAGGUCACGUUCUGGUUCUCGUGCGCCGCGGCGGCCUGUGCGUUGGUCGCCGCUGUCUUCGUGCGGGAGGCGCCCAUGGCGCGUCGCGGCUGACCGCUCUUCCCACGGUUUCAAAAUGUUCACGCGGAGGAGCGUGGGGUCGAGAUUAGGGGCGAGGAGAGUAGGUAGUCUGUCAAAUGACUGCUCAUAAAUGUUAAGGCUAUAAGUAUAUGCCACCCCAAAAUAGAAUAUCGCGCGGCUUGUAUGCCAAGGGGAACUCCAAUGUACAGGUCGUAUGAUUGACCGGGGUGCAUUCGAUGAUUCAACUCUGCAGCAAGCCAUAGCAAUGGAAGGCAUCGCGAGUAGCGGAUAGUGCGAGGUAGCAAAUUUGGAGGUGGGAGAGAAACCAAAAGGUUCAGAUGGUGUAAAUAGGUGAUAUCGGUACGGGUGUGAGGCCAUCGGGA